AUGGACUAUCAAAGUAAGUAAGUAAGUAAGUAAGCAUUUAUUUUAACUCGAACAAAUUCAAAUAGAAGUUUGACAUAUUUGCCUUCGACUAUUAGAAGUGCGACUUCGGUUAACUCAAAAUUUGAGUUCAAUAGAACGUAAGUUUUUAUUUUUUUAUCUCAAAAUUCUAUCUAACAACAAAUUUCAAUUUAGAUUAACCGAUUCAAUUCGUCGUGGUCGAAAAUGUGUUUCCUCUUUGGCCAAAAAAUUUGAGGGAAAACUCAAAAAACAUCAGCAACAAGAAAACGAUGAUAUCGAAGAAGAAGAAGUUGUCGAAUUGAAAACUCCACCUAUUUUAUUUCCAACUCUUCCUGUUAGAAAAUUAGAAGAUGUUCAGAAGGAAGAUGUCAAAAUUACUCGAUUGGAUUAUACUCCGAGAAAAAAUAAACCAGAUUAUUAA